UGGCGGCUCUUACUCAGCCAGGGACCCGGAAGGACGAGGGAUCAGGAGGCCGCGGGCGUGCGGGCAGGACGGCGGGCGCGGGGCCAUGAGGUCCCCGAAGCUGCCUGGGCUCGUACUCUCGCUGCUGCUGCUGCUGCCGCCGCCGGGUCCAGUUGGCGGCGCCGCGCGCUUCGACCCCACCUGGGAGUCCCUGGAUGCACGCCCCCUGCCCGCCUGGUUCGACCAGGCCAAGUUCGGCAUCUUCAUCCACUGGGGCGUGUUCUCCGUGCCCAGUUUCGGGAGCGAAUGGUUCUGGUGGUAUUGGCAAAAGGAAAAGUUACCAAGUUAUGUGGGCUUUAUGAAAAAUAAUUACCCUCCUGAUUUCACAUAUGCAGAUUUUGGACCACUGUUUACAGCAAAAUUUUUUGAUGCAAACCAGUGGGCAGAUAUCUUACAGGCUUCUGGUGCCAAAUAUGUUGUCUUAACUUCCAAACAUCAUGAAGGCUUCACCUUGUGGGGCUCAGAGCGUUCGUGGAACUGGAAUGCUGUAGAUGAGGGGCCGAAGAGGGACAUUGUCAAGGAACUUGCAGUAGCCGUUAGAACCAGGACUGACCUGCGCUUUGGACUGUACUAUUCCCUUUUUGAAUGGUUUCAUCCGCUCUUCCUUGAGGAUGAAUCCAGCUCAUUCCAGAAACAACAAUAUCCACUGUCUAAGAUGCUGCCCGAGCUCUACGAGUUAGUGAACCAGUAUCAGCCUGAGGUCCUGUGGUCAGAUGGUGAUGGAGGGGCCCCAGAUACCUACUGGAACAGCACAGUCUUCCUAGCAUGGUUGUACAAUGAGAGCCCAGUUCGGGACACAGUGGUCACCAAUGACCGUUGGGGAGCUGGUAGCAUCUGUAAGCACGGUGGCUACUAUACUUGCAGUGAUCGUUAUAACCCAGGACAUCUUUUGCCACAUAAAUGGGAAAACUGCAUGACAAUAGACCAGUUUUCCUGGGGCUAUAGGAGGAAUGCUGGAAUCUCUGACUAUCUUACAAUUGAAGAAUUGGUGAAGCAACUUGUAGAAACAGUUUCAUGUGGAGGAAAUCUUUUGAUGAAUAUUGGGCCCACAAAAGAUGGCACCAUUUCUGCAAUUUUUGAGGAGCGAUUAAGGCAAAUGGGGACCUGGUUAAAAGUCAAUGGAGAAGCCAUCUAUGACACCCAUGCUUGGAGAUCCCAGAAUGACACUGUCACCCCAGAUGUAUGGUACACGUCCAAACCUAAAAACAAAUUGGUCUAUGCCAUGUUUCUCAAAUGGCCCACAUCAGGACAGCUGUUUCUUGGUCAGCCCAAAGCUACUCUGGGGGCAACAGAGGUUGAACUACUGGGACAUGGACAGCCACUUCAAUGGACUCCUUUGGAGCAAAAUGGCAUCAUGGUAGAACUGCCUCAGCUAACUGUUCAUCAGAUGCCCUGUAAGUGGGGCUGGGCUCUAGCACUAACUAAUGUGACCUGAUUUGCAGUAGAGUGCUUCCUGAUGCAGUUAUAUCUAAGACUAGAAUGUAUUAGGUUUCUAUAAUUGUAGCACACAGAGAAAGCAAAUGUAAAAUUGGCCCAGAAUUUCCUAAAUUACUCACAUAACUGGUUUAACUCUCCAGUGCACUUUGCUAUUGACGUCCCUUCACACUGAAUUUAUUUCCACGUGUGAUUCAGAGGUGGGGAUUUUGUUUCAGAGUAGUGAGGAAUUGGUGGUGUUAAGGACUGAGUCGUGUCUUCUGCCAAAUUCACAUGUUGAAGCCCUAAGCCCCAAUGUGAUUGUAUUUGGAGAUUUUAAAGAAGUAACUAAGGUUAAAUGAAGUAAUAAGAGUGGGACCUUAAUCCAAUAUGACUGGAGUCCUUAUAAGAAGAGGAAGAGCACGGAUGCAAGCAUAUGGAGGAAAGACCAUGUAAGGAUGCAGUGAGAAGGUGGCCAUCUGCAAGCCAAGGACAGAGGCCUCAAGAGAAACCAAACCUGCUGACACCUUGGGCUUUCAGCCUUCAGAACUGUGAGAAAAUAAAUUACUGUUGUUUAAGCCAUCCUAUAUGUGGUAUUUAUUAUGGCAACCCUAGCCGACUAAUAGAGGUUCAUAGGUAUAUAAUAAAUUUGGCUUAAUAUUUA